CAAGCUUAUGAUUAUUCAAUCAUAAGAUUUUGUUAACACUUGACUACCAAAACUUGUUGAUUUAUUCACAUUUUUGUCAUUUAAAAAUUUGUUUAUUAAGGAGAUUAACUUGUAUUUUCUCUUAUUGAAUCAUGUACAAAUGUAAAAGAAAAUGACAGUAAACGAUUAAUUCUUCUUUGCUAAAUGAAUGCGUUUUAAUUCCUUGUAUAUAUUUCUGAAAAAAACCAAUUUAAAUACAUUUUUUUAUUACAUAUUAAGACUAUAAAGUGUUAGAACCUCCUUUCUCUCUCCUCAAAAAGUGUAUAAAUUCCCGCGCAGAUUUCUGUUACACAUCACUUGAGUUAACCCCAAUAAAAAAAAAAACACACAAAAACUCUGUUUCAAUAAAAAAGUUCUGAAAUUCUAAGAAAUCCAUGGAAAACAAGAAGAUGAAGUUGAAACCUAAAACAGAGGAACUGAUUUCUGGAUCCAAGAACAAGAUUAAUCAUCAACCCAGAAAUACCCACCAAUCCCAAGUUGAUGGAGAUGAUAUUUCUGCUCUCAAAAUCAUGAACAAAUCUUCAAGUUUAAGCAACAAAGCUUGGAGUAUGGCUUCUUUAAUGGCGGAACUCCCUCCUUCUCCUUCCUCCUUUGAUGCCGAUUCACCUACACUUCCUUGUGAUUCUUGUCGUCCUUCUACUGUCUUUUACUCUCCUACAAGAUUUCAGGGCAUGAAAAGUUCCAACAGUUUCACAAAUCUGAAGAAGCAAUUUGAAUCAGCAAAAAACAUUGGAUUUCUUGAAGGAAAUGAAGCUGAUAACUCAUUUGACUAUGAAUCUUCAGUUGGUGUUAAUGAUGAUAAUUGUAAAGAAAUAUUCUCUGUUCCUCCCACUGUUUCUGAAGAGUGUUCUAGUUAUCUACACAAGAGGGGAACUGGUUCUGCAAACCGUGAGGAAUUCGGAGAGGCGAUACCGGUGAUUGAAGAGGUACGAGGGGAGCGUAGGCAGAGCCACCGGCCUAAGUCCUACCAGGACUUUUUGGAUGAAACUCGGAGCCACAAGCAGAAGGCUGAAAUUGAUGCAAUGAGGAAGGCUUCAUAUACUUAUCUUCUCAGAAAGUUGACAAAGAAGGAAGAAGCCAUUGAUGAGUGGGAGUCGAAUCGUAGGAAGAAAGCAGAGUUACAGCUAAAAAAGCUUCAGAGGAAGCUGGAGCAGAAACGGAUAGAAGCAGUGCAGAAGGUGCAGAAGAAACUUGCAGAGACACAGCUAGAAGCUCAGCAGAGGAAAGCGAAAGCAAGGAGGUUGGCAUUGAAGGAAAUGGCCAAACAUUGUUCACAAAUAAAUUGACAUUGACAAGGCUAUACCACCCAAAUU